CCGGAGCAGAGCUUCUCGCUGAUUGGCCAGCGGCAGAAUUUGAAAUGAAGGCGCUCAUUGUGGUCGGAUCCUAGCAAGAUCACUCCAAGGCGGUCCCGUUCCGGAAAAAAAAGACACUCAAAGCACGGAGUGUGAGUAGGAUUAAACUUAACUCGUCGUCGGAUAUUUCGUCGUCUUUGUCACCCGGAAAAAGGCAUCAUGGACAACGCCGUGAUGAGUCUCCAGGGUCUAUACGAGAAGAUGAGGGCUCAAGUGGAGGCUCUCAGCGAGGGCAUUGAACCCAACUUCAUUCGCAUGGCCCAGAAUUUUGACGACUGUCGCCGCAAGUGGCUCAACACGGAGCUGGAGCUGGGAUCCUGCAAGGAGAUCCUCACCAAAACCGAGACCGAGAUGAGCGCCCUGGAGGUCAAGCUGAAGCACGCUCGCAACCAAGUGGACGUGGAGAUGCGGCGCCGGCAGAAAGCCGAGGCCGAAUGCGAGAAGAUGGAUCGGCAGAUUCAGUUGAUAAAGGAUCUCCUGACCAGCGAGGGCUCCUCCAACAGCAUUCAGCUUAGCGCAGAGCAGCGCUCCGCUCUGGCCUUCCUCAACCCAAACUGCCAGGGAGUGUCCACGCUCAAUACAAGCAAAAGACUGACCACCAUAGACGAGUCGGGCUCCAUCCUGUCCGAUAUCAGCUAUGAUGACUCUGUUGACUGGGAUACCUCCAAUGUGAAAAUGCGCCUCAGGAGGCGCGAAAAGAGGCGCUCGUCUAGGCAUCACGUGGACGGCCCGCCGGUGGCCUCGAAAAGGUCUCGGUCAACAGGCAAAACCACCAACAAGGAGAACGAGGCCCUCGUGACCACCACCACUGUGACCGUCCCCGCUGACGGCGGACCCGUCGAAGCGGUCUCUACCAUCGAGACCAUUCCAUAUUGGACUCGGAGCCGGAGACAGACCGCUGCCAUGGAGUGGGACUCCACGUCCGUCACGUCGGAGGAUGUCUUCAAGCCGCCCAGCAAGCCCGAGGUGGACAAACUAACCGAGACUAGCACGCCGCAGAAAAACGCCGGCGUCCGUCAGCACGAGUUUGUCUCCAAAACGGUCAUCAAACCGGAGUCCUGCGUGCCGUGCGGCAAGAGGAUCAAAUUUGGCAAGUUUGCCCUGAAGUGCCGCGACUGCCGCGUGGUCUCCCAUCCGGAGUGUCGCGAGCGCUGCCCCCUGCCGUGCAUCCCCAGUCUGGGAGCCACGCCCGUGAAAAUCGGGGAGGGCGUGCUUGCGGACUACGUUCCCGACAUUUCGCCCAAGAUCCCCCCUCUGGUGGUUCACUGCAUCGGCGAGAUCGAGCAGCGUGGGAUGCAUGAGGCCGGUCUCUACCGUCUGUCUGGUGCCGACCGCACGGUCAAGGAGCUGAAGGAGAAGUUCCUGCGCAGCAAAACGGUUCCCGUGCUCAGCAAAGUGGAGGACAUUCACGCCAUCACCGGACUCCUCAAGGACUUCCUGCGCAACCUCAAGGAGCCUCUCCUCACCUUCCACCUCAACGGCCAGUUCAUGGACGCAGCUGAGGUGUCCGAUGACGACAACAGCACAGCCCUGAUGUACCAAACCGUCGGCGUCCUGCCGCAGGCCAACCGAGACACCCUGGCCUUCCUGGUCCUUCACCUUCAGAGAGUCGCCGAGAGUUUGGACACCAAGAUGGACGUCACCAACCUGGCCCGGGUGUUCGGACCCACCAUUGUGGGUCACGCCGUCGCCAACCCGGAGCCGAUGACCAUCCUGCAGGACACCAAGCGCCAACCGAAGGUGGUGGCGCGUCUACUCAACCUGCCGGCAACUUACUGGGCCCAGUUUGUCAAGUCCGAGAACGAGCAGCAGCACUCGGAUCCGCUCGUCAUCCAGAACGCCAACUUCUACACGCCCGAGAGAGUGACCUUACUCGGGCCUCUGACCACGCCGGAGCACCAGCUCAACAAGACGCCGUCCUCUAGCUCGCUGUCGCAGCGCAUGAAGUCCACGCUGACGCCCAUAUUUGGGAGCAGGAGCAAGUCCUCGGCUGCGCUUCCUCACCAAGGGAAGUUCUUUCAAUCUCCUCACCUCAGAUGAGUCCCUUUUUUUUUUUUUUUUUUCCUUGGGAAGCCACCAAAACACACCAGCAGCUUCUUUUUCUUUUAACUCCAACUUAGUCAGACUAACUCGAUGAGUUAGGUGUUAGUUAGGUGUGCGUUCCACCUAAGCAUUUCCUUCCACGCCUUUUUUCAACUCAUGUGUCACUCAGCGGUUGAAAAGCGGCUUUUUUUUUUUAGACAUUUCAACGCUCGCUUGUUUUAUCGUGACUUAGCCGUUAGCUUCCUUUAGCUCGUUGCCCGUCCCGCUCGGUUUUAUACUCGUUUGUACGUUUGGGAGCCGUGAAAAGCUCAGGUCACGCGGCAUCACGCCGCCAUGAGCGUGCACGUUUCCUAAUCAGAUGCACGUUUGUCGCAGUUGUGUCACGUAAAAUAUAUUUGGAACAUUUACAUCA